AUGCCAGCAUCCCCAUACAUUAUCUUCUCUAAGGAAAAACGCCCACAGGUCAAGGCUGAAAACCCAGGAAUCUCAUUCGGUGAUAUUGCUAAGAAGUUAGGAGAAAUGUGGAAGAACAUGUCAGAGGAAGAAAAGAAGCCAUACAUCGAGAAGGCAGAAGCUGAAAAGGCUGAGCACAAGGAUGACCCAAAGGAGAAGAAGUGCAAGUCUAAGAAAUGCAAGUCAUGCAAGAAGGAAGCUUCUGACAAGGAAGAAUCAGAAAAGGAAGCUGAAGGCUCUGAUGAUGAGUAA